CAACUCCUCCCCGGACCCCAAACUCCUUUCUUACUUCCUCAAAAUUCCAGGACAUAUAAACCAGACGCUGACCUACUUGCGCAUUGGACCCGCACGGCACCAAAUCAGGACCACUUCAACAGAAUCUGACAAACUUCUUGACUUUGAAGGAUGUGGCGGCAUUGCCUUGGCAUGUUUCUUCUGGCGGUGUCGGCGCUGGCCCGCCUGGAUCAGGUGACCCUGGACAGCCAAUGGGAACAGUGGAAGAUCACUCACAGUCGGGAAUACAAUGGCCUGGACGAGGAGGGCAUCCGGCGAGCCAUCUGGGAGAAAAACGCACUGAUGAUCGAGGCACACAACCAGGAGGCGGCGCUGGGCCUGCACUCCUACGAACUGGGCAUGAACCACCUGGGAGACAUGACGUCGGAGGAAGUGGCGGAGAAAAUGAUGGGCUUGGAGAUGCCCAUGACGCGGGAACGGGGCUUUACCAUGAGUCCCGAGCAACAGGCCUACCCGCUGCCCAAGUCGGUGGACUACCGCAAGAUGGGCAUGGUGACACCUGUCAAAGACCAGGGUUCAUGCGGCUCGUGCUGGGCCUUCAGCUCGGCGGGGGCCCUGGAAGGUCAGCUGGCCAAAACCACGGGUGAGCUGAGAGACCUCAGUCCUCAGAACCUGGUGGACUGUGUGACGGAGAAUAGCGGCUGUGGAGGAGGAUACAUGACCAACGCUUUCAAGUACGUCAGGGACAACGGAGGUAUCGACUCAGAGGAGGCCUACCCUUACGUGGGACAGGCGGAGAUGUGUCGCUACAAUUCGUCCGGAACAGCUGCCGAGUGCCGUAGCUACAAGGAAAUUCCCGAAGGCGAUGAGCACGCCCUGGCUGUUGCGCUCUUCAAGGUUGGGCCAAUCUCUGUUGGCAUUGACGCCUCCCAGGGGACCUUCCAGUUCUACCAGAGAGGAAUUUACUAUGACGCCAACUGCAACAAAGACGACGUCAAUCACGCCGUGCUGGCGGUGGGCUACGGAGUGACGUCCAGGGGCAAGAAGUAUUGGCUCAUCAAGAACAGCUGGAGCGAGAGCUGGGGCAACAAAGGCUACAUUAAGAUGGCGCGUAACCGUGGCAACUUGUGCGGCAUCGCCAACCUGGCUAGCUACCCCGUCGUGUGAGCGCCCCCGCCCCGUCUUCUUCCCCGUCUAUUUCUUAUCCAUCAACCUCAUCCGGGAUGUUCGGCCAUCACCAUGGCGACCGGUCUCAUGUUUUCAUGUCUUCGUGGCUGUUAGCUGAAAUGUUUUUGACUUGAGAGCGCGCACAUAUGUGGCGUCGCUGGCCGACGCAGUUCUACGGACCCCCAGACGUGACUUAAUGAUGUCAUUGUGCCCACGAUAUCGACAUCACAUAAUGCUAAUUUUUGACCAUGAAGUGUGUAUAAUGUACACGAACUACAAAGGACUGAUACCAGUAUUAUUCCAUAGUGUUCAUUUUCCUGAGAGAAACACUAUUUAAAUUUUCACUUGGGUCAAAAGCAUUUUCAUAAUAAUUUUCUAUACAAUAUCAUGUAGGCGGGUUUGGGUUGAUUAUAUAAUUAUGUGUUACGUGGUCGCAGUGACAUUUUUUUUCACCCUUGUCAUGUGUGGGUCUCCGUACAGUUCAGCACUUUUGUUGUGAUCAUUACUGUUAAUGUUAUUACACGUUCACGACCCUCGUGAGGAUGAGCGGUUCGGAUACUGGAUGGAUGGAUGUGUAAAAACGUUGUUUUGUAUGAAAUGAAAUUAAAAGUUCUAAAGG